AUGUCUCAACAAGAUCAAGAAGAAGAAACAGGCAAGCUAGCCAUCAGACUAGCAAAUGCUGCAGUUCUUCCAAUGGUACUAAAAUCAGCUGUUGAGCUCAACAUCAUAGAUAUAAUCUUCACAGCUACCAGUGACGGUGGUGGCGCGGUCCUCUCAUCUUCCGAGAUUGCAGCUAGAAUCCCCACAAAGAACCCUGAUGCAUCAGUCUUGUUAGACCGCAUGCUGCGUCUUUUGGCGAGCUAUGAUAUACUCAAGUGCUUAACGUGCACUAAAGAGAACGGGGAAAUUGAGAGAGCCUAUAGUGCAGGACCUAUAUGCAAGUUUCUUGUUAAAAGUGAAGGCGGAAGUGGUGGAUCUGUUGCUCCUUUGUUUUUGUUGCAUCAUGAUGAGGUCUUCAUGAAAAGCUGGGGGAUUCCAUUCAACAGAGCUUAUGGGAUGACAGCUUUCGAGUAUCCAGGAACUGAUCAAAGGUUCAAUAGCGUAUUCAAUCAAGCAAUGUCAAGCCACACUACCUUGAUCAUGAAGAAGAUCCUUGAUAUUUACAAAGGGUUCGAUGGUCUCAAAGUGUGUGUUGAUGUCGGAGGUGGAACUGGAGUUACUCUCAACAUUAUCACUUCUAAGUAUCCACACAUUAAGGGUAUAAAUUAUGAUUUGUCCCAUGUAUUAGCAGAUGCACCUUCCUAUCCAGCUCUUCCAAGUAAUGGUAAGGUGAUCAUUGUGGAAUCGCUUCUUCCUGUGUCACCAGAGAAUGUUGCUUCUUCACACAUUGUCUUUGAGCAAGAUCUUUUAAUGCUGGCUCAGAAUCCUGGAGGUAAAGAGAGGACACAAAAGGAGUUCGAAGUCUUAGCAAAGAAAUCUGGUUUUUCAGGUUGUGAAGUCAUGUGCUGUGCUUACAACAGCUGGGUUAUGGAGUUUGAGAAAAGAGCAUUGCCAUAA